UCUAUGUUCAAAACACGGAAAUACAGAAGGCAAACGUAAGCGUCAUGCUGUUGUUGUUGUUGUAGUGCUUUGAUAUAUUAUGAUAUUGUAAAACCAGUUCUUGGCAGAGGAUAAUGCGGACGUCCUCAAGAGUCACGGUUUGGAUGAUUUGCCAAAUUUAAAAUGUACAGUGGACUCUUGCCGCCAGGUCUCACUGAGGCUGACCUGAGCUCUGAUGAUGGUGAUGAAGGGGAAGCAGCAGAAAACAGACAAGGCGAGCAGCUCUCACGUCAGUCAGACACAGAACCACAUUCAGCUUGUGCACAGGUUGAAUAUAAUAACACAACAACUGGUUUGCACGAUGCAUUUGGGGAUGAUUGUCUUCCUGGAGUUUCCUUGGAUAAGUGGCAAAAGUUCAAAGAGCUCCAGAGAGCAAAAGAUGAUCAGAGAAUGAAGGAACCGCAAACAAAGCGGAAAAGGAAAAGGCGGCACAAGAAAGGCAGGACACAGAACUCCGACACUGAGCAGAAAAGGGAGCCUGAAGAGAAACGGGAGGAGCACUGGAAGGAGCUCACGCAGUAUUUUGGCAUCAAUGAUAGACUCAAGCCGCCUCCUUGUAGCAGACCUCCUCUCAUGUCAGGCCUGCAAAAGAGUAUAGAGAGUGCCAUCGCUGAAGGGGACUGUGGGAAGGCGGAAGAACUGAGUGACAGACUUGCUACUCGAGAGCUGGCCGUGAAAAUCGCACAAGCCGCCGAUUGCCGUGACUUUGCCCGCACCAAAGAGGAAGCGGAGGCUUCCAGGGCAGCCCGAAAAAGAAGGAAGCAAAUCGCUUGGGGGUUUGAAGCAAAGAAAAGAUGGGAAACCAAAAGCAAUAUGGGAUUCAUGUGAUAUUCACUGCAGUUGAUGAGUAAAGAUUUGGCAUGUUGAUAAUUGUUUAUAGAGGUAAUCUUUUUAUAAUACAGUAUUAUUGCAUUCAGAUUUCCUUUUUUCUCAUUUAACAUUUUAUUUCAUUCUGAAUCAGUUUUUUUGGUCAAUCAUUCAGAUUUGAGGGUCAUUUUUUUUAUGUAGCUAAAUAAAUUCCAUAAGUACACCAUUAUUGUUAGAUUGGUCGUUAUUGUAUGUAUGUUCUUUUUUUUUUUUUUUUUUUAUAAUUAAAUCUGGCGCAUACAGCUGUGCACGCCAUUUAUUUACUCCCGUAAGUGGGUUAAUCAGGAGCCGCUUAUUUUCUUCCAUGGAGGUAUGGAGCGAGAGAAGAAAAAGGAGAGAUUAGGGGCCUAAUGCAAUGUACAGGAUAAUAUGCAAUAGGAUUUGCCUGGGCAAAAUGAAAUUUGUAGGCUGUAAGGAGGUUUGAGCAGUCAUAAACGAGGAGUUUAGUCGGGUUCGAGUGUAAGAUGACUGUGUGAGGGAGAAAGAGAACGAGAUGGAGAACGGUGUGUAUGACACUGGACUCAACACAUGAUUCAUCUUUGAGAGGAUUCCUGUGAACGGUGCAUAUUUUUAUAAGCAUGUCUGUUAAAUAAGAUUCAGUUGACUACAUUUUCCAAAUAUGAAAUGUAUUUUUUCCUGUAUAGAAUGUAUAGAUACUAUUCUAUUGAUAUGAUUACUUUAAAGGAAUAGUUGACCA